AUGACUGGUACAGAAAAUUUUCAAGUUAUACCUGUAGCAGAAGUGAACGCUACUUUCGUUGAUAUAAUAAAAUUUGAUUUACAAACAGAUGAUCCUGAUUUGGUAGAAAGAUACAAUGAGCAAAUGCAAACAGAUUUGUUUCCUGAUGCUGUCAUUUUGGUUGUCACAAAAGAAGAACUCAACAAUAUAACGUCUCUGAAGAACAUUAUAGAUGACGUCAAUAAUGUUCUAAAUUGGAUGAAAAGAGAAUCUUACGAUACUGAGAUACCUGUUAUAUGUGUACUCAAUAAAAUCGAUGAAUAUUUCGAUAAUCAAUUGCCUAGCUCGGAUACUGAUGUAAAAAAAAUCGAAGAAUACACUAGAAAAGCUUUAGAAUUAGUAAAUAAGUAUUUGAUUAUUCCAAGUACUAAAUGUAUUCCUGUAUCAACUACGAAAAAUUAUGACAUCAAUCAACUUCGAUUAAAUAUUAAUGCUGUAUCACCACUAAAUGCACAAAUUAUUGAUAAAAAUCUUGAUUAUAUUAGUCAAUAUCGACAAUCAAUUGCCAAUAAAAUUAUUGCUGCUUUUUCUACAGCUUCAGCAGCCGUAUCACUUCUUCCUAUUGCUGAUAUUAUAAUUAUAAAUUUUUUUCAAGAAUGGAUGUAUCGAAUGUUGGCUUGUUUUUCAGUUGAUCCCAAUCGAACACCAGACUCGUUCAAAGCAGUAAAUCGUAUUCACCAAGGAGUAAGUAUAGCAAUUCGUACUGGUUCACUUUUCAUUGCGGAUAUAUUUCAAUUAACUCUUGUUGGCUAUUCGAUCGGUUCAGGUAUUUGUGUAUUCGCAGGUGCAAUGGCAACAACUUCUCUUGGAUGGUCAUGUUAUUUUUAUUUUAUUGACUAG